AUGGUGCAUGCAGGGAGCGAAUCGGACAGGCCGGAAAAGGAUGAAGGGGAAGUCGAGGAGGAGAAGCGCACAGACACCCCCAAUACAGACGACAAAAAUGGAGACAACUUACCAAACAAGAACUGCAGCUCAGCGGACCACUUACACUUCAAAGGAGAAGAUGACGAAUUUUCUGGGCUAACGAAAGCGAGUAAAUCUUCCUCCAUGGAUGUGGGACUGGGUUCUGCCGCUUCAGAUGAGCCUUUCGGCUGUUCCAAGGCGGGGAAGGAAAAUGCGCAUCCAACAGGAAGUACUGAGAACGACUCACAUGGAACCUCCCCCCCUCUGUCGAAGGAGAAUAACGACACAUUCCGGGUGAACCAUUCAGAAGGGGAAGCUUGUAAUGAUAUGAAAAAAGAAAUCAAAGUAGACAGUGAGGAGGGGGUAAAGGGAGAUGCAGAAAUAGACAACAGUGUUGGAUCGGACGCAGGGGUGGAGGAAGCCCACGCCAAGGAAGACCAUCGAAGGGAGGAGAGAAACGACGACAGACAUGGCGAAGAGGUAACAGAUCCCGAUAAAGGAAAGCGACCAAAGAAAAUCAAAAACAUAAAUGAGUUUCUCCUAGAAAGAAGGAACACCCAAAAAAUCACUGUCUUUGUAGGGGAAAAAAUGCACAAGACGAAGGCCGAUUUUAAGUACGGCGAGGAUGCACACACGAGUGUGAGCUGCAGACCGGAUGGUGAUGACAUGAAUGGAGGAUCCCAUGUGGAAAAUAGCCAGGAUGGCGAAGCGGACGGUGAACAUAACAGGGUCAUCGAGAAGAAACAGAAAAAGACGGUGUUCACUGCACAGUUGUGUGAGCGAAGUAACGCUGAUGCCAGAGCGUGUGAGGAACUCGUUAAGGAGAAGCCGAAGAAAAUCAUCUUCGAAUCGCAGCGGUGCGAGAGAAGUAGUGCAGAUGCGCGGGCUUGUGAGGAGCUAUCUAAGAGGCAAGAGAAAAUCAUCUUCGAAUCGCAGCUGUGCGAACGAAGCAAUGCUGAUGCGAGGGCAGGUGAGGAGAUAGCCAAGAAGAACCCAGAACGAACCAUAUUCGAAGCACAACUGUGCCAACGAAGCAACGCUGAUGCGAGAGCGGGUGAGGAGAUAGCCAAGAAGCAAGAGAAAACCGUCUUCGAAUCACAGGGCAGACUCAUCAGCAAAGCGGACGCGAGGGCUUGCGAUCGGCUGGAAGAUAAAUUGGGUGGAGAAAGCGUGGUGUACGAGGCGCAGAAGUGUGUAAAGAGCGCUGCAGAUUUUAAAGCCUCCGACAAGAUAAAGGAGGUGAUGAAGCGGAACAUGGCCGAUGAGUGUCACUCAUUGUGA